UUUAUCUCAUAUAAACAAACCCUUCUUGAUUUGAAAUGUAGCUGUAAGUGUACAUUUUCCCCUCUCAAUGGAAACCGUCGUGAAACCGGUGACUGUCACUCUGUUCUCUCAUCCAGACGUAAGAAGUCAGAUGAAUACCUGAAACUGGCGUUCAUUUUCCGGGACAGUCAGUGUUUUCAGCGAUGCCUCCUCAGGGAGGAGGAGAAUAUAAACCCGUUCCAGGUACGGUUGUGCCGCCGAUACCCCCGAGAAGAUUCAGGGGCAGAGAUUUGUCCACCGCAGUGAAAAGCCGUUUCGGGUCCGCAGCGGAGCGCCGGGUGAAGUGCGUGCUGGCCGGUGACGGUGCUGUGGGAAAAACUAGUCUCAUUGUGAGCUAUACCACGAAUGGAUAUCCCACCGAGUAUGUUCCAACAGCUUUUGAUAAUUUUGCAGCAGUUGUAGCUAUGGAUGGCAAGCCUGUGAAAGUUCAGCUUUGCGACACUGCCGGUCAGGAUGAGUUUGACAAGCUAAGGCCGCUAUGUUACACCAAUGCUGACGUCUUCCUUCUCUGCUUCAGUGUGGUAAGUCCCUCCUCCUUCCAGAAUGUGAGGGAAAAGUGGGUGCCUGAGAUCCGCCGGCACUGCCCAAAAGUACCCAUACUGCUGGUCGGCACUCAGGCUGACCUUCGGCAAGAUGUUAAAGUGCUCAUUCACCUCGCAAAAUAUAAAGAGCGUCCAGUGGACCCCCAAGAAGCCUUCUUAUGUGCUGAAGAAUUACAGGCUGUCUCAUACAUGGAGUGCUCAGCACUCACCCAGAAGAACCUGAAGGAGGUGUUUGACACAGCCAUAGUGGCCAGCAUCCAGUACUCUGACAGCCAGCAGCAGAAAAGACUGAAGAAGCGCACGCCUGAUAAAAUGAGGAAUCUCUCCAAGUCUUGGUGGAAAAAAUACUGCUGUCUGUCAUAGAAGAAAUAAUCCGAUUUUGUACUGUUGUUGUGGAUGUGGUUUGAAUGUAAAUGGCUUUUUUGAAUUCAAAUGGAAACAAAUACAUCUGCUUUGUUGGUGGAUUAAUUGGAGAAGAGGUGGCCAUGAGACACUGAAGAGGACAUAAUCUGUAGAAAAGAUCUAUUUGUCAUGAAAUGGAAUGAUUCAUAGCCAGCAGAUUCCAAGGUAUCAGUUACAAUGGACGACAGAACUCCAUUGUACAUUUGAGGAUCUGUUCCUCAUUGGGAAAGACCCAGGUUAACCUCACAUUGUCAUUUAAACAAAUUAGGGCAAGAAUCAUCUGUCUUUCUUUACCUUAUCUGCUGCUGAGGAGGGUUUCAAAGUGGACUUAAGAGCUGCCCCAUUGCUACAGAUCUAGUCAGACUACCAGUCACCUUUGCCAGAAUUUUACUCGUCCAUCUAAGAUUCGCUACACUGUGAGAAGCAAAGACCAUUUUGGUUAAUUUCAGCAAAGCCUAGGAUUGUGUUGGUGUUAUAACGUUCUUCUUUGUUAAAGACCCACUAAUGAUUCCCAAUUAUUAGCAUGAACAGGAGAACCUGGGUUAUGUAUUCUGUCAUUUGUAUAUCAAAGCAUUAGUGUGAUCUAGAAUAAAAGCAAAUGUUUGGGCAGACUGUCAGCUUGACGUCACUGACAUGUAUAUGGUUGUCUUGUUAGGGUGAAUGAUAGUCCAUUUUAGAGACAGCAGGACACUGGCACUUCUCUCCAGGCUCCAUUGUUUACAUCUGGUCCAUACCCAAACAUACUGUGCCGUUGUAAGUGAGACUAGACUAGUAGGCCUGUUGGACUGUAUAUCUGGUCAUAGAACCUGGAGCUUCAUCAACAACGCAAUGUUUUAAGUUCAGCGAUUCAGUACUGUCAGGUCCGAUAGAGUAGAAAUGUGCUGGAGUCAGAAGUACUGUACUUGUACGUAUACAGUAGACUGGUCAUUCAUGACAGAAUAACCAACACAAAUUGUUUUCCAGAUUUUCAACUGGAAAUUAUAGACCAGUGAUCAUCAUAGCUUUCUAAUUACUUCCCAUUAAAAGGAAUGGAAUGGUUCCAAACUCCUAAUGGCAAUGCAGUUUAUGGCACUUUUUAACAUCAACAUUGUCACAGAAAAUGUUUUACUGGAAACACAUUUUUCUUUAGUUCUAGUUGUGGAAUGAUGUCAUCCACAUCAUGCUUUGAUAAGCAUUAUAGUCCUAUCAUCAAAGAAAGUCUGUAUAACAUUUGGGGAGGAUUGUCCCAGGGCAAACUGCACUUUUUUAUCAAGCUUCCACAUCAGAUAAACUGGUAAAGUAACCUGCUGCUAUGCGAUAUGUGACCGUGUAAAGUGAAUGUAAAGAAAAGUUAAUGUUUCACUGUAUAAGCUGGGGUGGAUGUUAAAGAACUACUAACUUCACUAGUGGUAAAUAUUUUCCUUCAUGGGCACCGAAUGAACCAAGAAUGAAUCAAGAUAAUUGACAAAAGAGAGUUCUUUGUUUGCCACUUCUAAUGUUUGAUUAUGCCUGACCCUGCUGCAAAAAAAAAACAGCUUAAACCAGGAUUAAUUCCCAUGCUGUUGGACCAGCACUACAAUACAAAAACUUUUUGUCUUGGUUUCCAGUAAAAUAUCUAAUUAUUCUUAAAACAAGAUAAAUUUACUUGAGAAGCUAAAUUAAAUAAGAUAUGCUGUCUUGUUUUCAUGGAAAUUUAACAAAAUACACUAAUGUUUAUGCUUAUACAGUAAUAAGAAAAUCUAUUUUUCAGUGGGGAAAGAAAAGUUUAUUUUUCUUACCUUAUUGUCAAAUAGUUUUUUCCUGUGUUAAGCAUAAACCCCACUAAAAAAAAUC